GGACGUUCUGUCCCCUUCAUCAUGGCGGCCUCCCUCUGGUCCAAGUCCCUCGCUCUCCUCCCCGCAGCACGUAUAUGUCGCUGCCCUCAUGGUGCGCUGGCCCAGCACUCACUCCGCGCAGGACGCUUCACCUCGGUACGCUCGCAACACACUGAGCCCACCACCUUCACGGAGGCAGAACCUGUAGUCACCCGCGAGGAGAAUGUCGACGCUGAGUCCUCUGAGCCCUUGGUGGAGGAGGCCAAGCCGGAGAAGCCACCUGUUGCCAAUCAUGACCAGCCUAAGUUCGAGACGCUUCAGGGCGUCGCCUCGCCUCUCGUCCUGCAGGCUCUCGUCAAGUCUCCGUUCAGGCUCACGCACAUGUCACCCGUCCAAGCGGCCGUCCUCCCUCUCCUUCCGAAGCUCUUGGAAGACCACGACGCUGAGGGAGCUACGGGUCCCCGCGACCUUUUGGUAAAGGCACGCACCGGUACUGGCAAGACACUCGCAUUCCUCAUCCCGGCAGUGGAGGCUCGUCUGAAGCGCCUUCAAGAACGUAGCGAAUGGGCUGCGGAGGAACUUCAAACACAGAGCAAGCCCAAACUCGACCGUGUCGUAGAGCAGUAUGCUCGCGAGAACGUUGGCGCCAUCAUCAUCAGCCCUACACGCGAACUCGCUACGCAGAUUGCGAACGAGGCUCUCAAGCUCACCAGGCACCUCGACCGGUUCCAAGUCAGGCUCCUCGUCGGUGGUCUUCCUAAACGCGCUCAGCUGCGGGAGUGGAACACCAGGCGCCGUGACAUCGUGGUAGCUACACCUGGACGACUCCGUGACUGCAUCGAGAAUGAGCCCCGUUUCGCGGACGAAAUUAAGACUGCUGAACAGUUCAUCCUCGACGAGGCUGAUACUCUGCUGGACAUGGGCUUCCGUGAGGACCUCCAGGCCAUCACUGAGGUUCUCAAGCCUUCUCCGGAGCGCCAGACUUUCAUGUUCUCCGCCACGGUCUCGAAGCCUAUCCAGCAAAUUGCUCGCAAGACCCUCGCCGAGAACCACAAGUUCAUCAACUGCGUGCCGGACAAUGCCCUGCCUACACACAUGUCUAUCCCUCAGUACUACACCGGCCUGCCGAGCGCGGAGGAUCAAAUUCCCCACAUCCUGAACUUGAUCGCUCACGACCAGCUCUCCAACCCCGGAAAGUCCAAGGUCCUCGUCUUCCUGCCGACUACUGCCUUGACCCAGUUGUACUCCUCGCUCCUCCAGGAGUCUGGUAACCGCAUCCUCCCCGUCGGCAGCAAGACUCGUUGGGGCGACCUCCACUCUAGGAUGACUAUGUCCUCUCGCAUGCGGGUCUCUGACUGGUACCGCAAGGACAAGUCUGGCGCGUCUGUCUUGGUCACGUCCGACGUCUCUGCGCGCGGCGUCGACUACCCCGGUGUUACCCGUGUCAUCCAGGUCGGUAUUCCAUCCAGCGGCGACGUCUAUGUUCACCGUGUCGGCCGUACUGGCCGUGGCUCGAACAUGUCUGGCCGUGCCGAUCUCGUCCUCAUGCCUUGGGAGCUUGGCUUCCUUACCUGGCAACUCAAGGACAUCCCUCUGAAGGAGCUUACGACCAACCAGCUCAAGGAGCAGGUCCUCGAGCUCGCGCAGAAGGUCGACGCAUCGAUCCCCGAGGGCUCAGAGUACCACCGCCAGGCCGUUCCGACCCUGGAGAACAUGGAGACGCACCUCGAAGCUAUGCAAGGUCGCGCCUCCGAGGAGGACGUCCGCACCGCAAUGGUCAGCGUCCUCGCGUACUACACCGCGCAGCACCAGGAGCUCCGCGUCCAGAUGGGCGUCGUCUCCCGCGGCGCGCACCAGUGGGCCGCCGCGCUCCUCGGCAAGGAAGUCGAGCUUCGUCUCCCCCGUGAGUUCACGGUCGGCAACCGCAGCUCGCGGGGCUCCCGCGAUUCGCGUGGUGGCGGUGGAUACAGGACCGAGCGUCGUGAAGGGCACUCGUCGGGCGGCUUCCGUGGGCGCGAGCGCGAUGGCGAGCGUUCGGGCCGUCGCAGUUACGAUGGCGGUGACCGCGAAGAGCGCUCAUUCAGGCCGCGUCGCGAAGACGGCGAGGAGCGUUCAUUCAGGCCGCGCCGGGACGAUGGCGAAGAGCGUUCGUUCAGGCCGCGCCGGGAAGACGGCGAGCGUUCGUUCCCCCGUCACAACCGUGAGGACGGCGACGCGUCGGAGACGCGCUCUUACCGUCCCCGCAGGAACGACUCCGACCCUUUCGGGAGUAACUCAUUCGGCGGUGAGCGUCGCGAGCGGUCUCCACGGAGGGAGGGCUCUGGCAACCGCUGGGAAGGACGAGGCUCCAGCAAAAGGCGCUCCGAGAGCGGUGAGGGCGGCGACUUUUAGAGCAGCCGCCAGCCAGCACUUCUCGACGCCCACCACACACCCCGGGCACCACCCCCCACUUGGCUAAGGUCCCACCUACACUAGCACUCCGGCGCGGCAGGUGCGCUGCCGCUGUAUCUUAUUUUGCUAUGCUAUCCACGGGCUAUUAGUACUGCUGCUAUCGCAUGUAUCGCACAUCAUCACCCAGUUAAUACACCUAGACAUCAUGACACUCGC